AUGAAGAUCUCGUUCACUGUCACCAUCCUCUCGUUGCUUUUUAGCAGCACCGUCGCCGACGAAGGUCGUCUCUUGAGGACGCAGAGGCGCAUCGCAGAUUAUGAAGGUGCCAUGGCCAACGCCAAUAAUGUAACUUUCAAAUUUGACCCGUCGACGACGGCUCUCGUUGUCAUCGACCCUCAGAAUGACUUUUUGAGUGAAAACGGCGUUGCCUGGGGUGUUGUUGGUGAAUCUGUCGUGGAGAACAAUGUCGUGGACAAUAUUGAGUAUCUAUUUCAGGCGGCUGCAAACAAUGACUUCUUAACCUUCAUCUCUCCCCACCACUACUUUCCCCACGACCACAAGUGGGAGUUUGAAGGAGAACUCGAAAAGGUCAUGCACGGACUUGGCAUGUUUGAUCGGGCUGGACCUUUGAACCUCACGGGCUUUGAAGGCUCUGGUGCAGACUGGCUCGACCAAUACAAGCCGUACAUUGUCGGAGCCGAGAAUGUCAUUGUGACCAACCCUCACAAGGUCUACGGCCCCGAAACCAAUGACUUGGUCCUUCAGCUUCGCAAGCGCAAGAUGGACUCUGUCAUUUUGGCCGGCAUGUCGGCAAACCUCUGUGUGGAAGCUCACAUGAGGGCCCUUACGGAGCAGGGCUUUGAAGUCUUUGUCGCGGCGGAUGCAACGGCGGGAGGUAAAACACCCGAGCUCGGCGACGGUUUUGCAGCUGCCCUCAUCAACUACAAGUUUAUCUCCAGCGGUGUCUACAACACGUCCGAGGUCGUUGCCAUGAUGAAGCAGACUGAUACUGACGAAGCCCUUGUGGUUGACAAAACUGGUGGUUUCUAAGUCGACCGGUUGGUUUGUUGCUCGUGGCUCGGUUCUUGCUCAGGUGUGGGCUUCUGUGUGAUGUAUAUGUACCCAAAAAGAUUGCGGUGGUCAGGAGACUGUAGCAUUGCAGAGAAGGUGAUAAAACUACGGUAAUACUCUAGCUAGACAACGUCCGCUGCAAAAUGACUACGUCUUUAUAUCAUCUUCUCUGCUCUCCAACUAGAAAG